AAAAUGGUCAACUUCUUAGUAUCCUUCUUCUUUGUCCUCAUAACCUCUGUCUCCGCAAAUAAUUGCCGUAACAGAUCUGGUUUUUUCACACCCGAUGGCACUUACGACUUAAACCGCCGAGCCCUCCUCUCUUCCCUUCCUUCUAACGUCACAGCUAAUGAUGACUUCUAUACGACGUCAGCUACAGGACAAGACCCGAACAGAGUAUACGGUUUAGGGAUGUGUGUCCCAGGUACUGAUGCACGAUCUUGUUCUGAUUGUAUCAUGGCUGCGUCUGAUGGGUUGGUGAAGAACUGUACCAAGGAGAAAGAAGUUAUAGACUGGAGGAUGUAUAGAAAUACACUUUGUCUCGUACGCUACUCAAACCACUCGUUUUACGGAUCGCUCGAUAUGGAACGUUUACGCUAUGAGUACAAUACCAGAGAUAUUCAACCUAACGUGACCGAUUUUGAUUUGACAUGGGAGGCUUUGAUGUUUGGUUUAAUAGAAGAUGUUCGUGUUUCGUACUACGCAGCUAGAACACAAGUGGUUGAGUCUUCUAAGACCAACCUUUACGGUUUUGUGCAAUGCAGUAGAGACUUAUCUGUUCAAAACUGCACCCGGUGUCUACAACAGAACGUGAUUGAUUAUAGAUCAUGUUGCCCUGGGAGCCAGGGAGGCAUUGUUUCGAGGCCGAGUUGUUUCGUUCGAUGGGAGAUUGAAGCGUUCUUGGGACUUUUCGAUAACAGUCCUUCUCGUCAAAAGGAUAAGAAAAGUGUUUCUACAAGAACUAUUGUGGCUAUUGUCAUUGUUCCUAUCUUAUUGAUUGCUCUAGGAUUUGCAAUUUGGAGGAAGAGAAAAUCAUAUAAAGCAUUUACUACUGAAAACGGUUAUUUCUCUGCUGCAAAGAGAUUAAAGAAGACUUAUGAUACUGCACAGCCAGAUAACGCUGGGGAUGAUAUUUCAACUUCAGGAUCAUUUCAGUUCGAUUUUAAGGCUAUCGAAGCUGCAACAAGUAAUUUUCAUAAUGCUAACAAGCUUGGUCAUGGUGGAUUUGGUGAAGUUUACAAGGGGACGUUUCCGAAUGGAACAGAGAUUGCUGUGAAGAGACUAUCUAAAACUUCAGGACAAGGUGAAAGAGAAUUCAAGAACGAGGUUCUUCUUGUAGCUAAACUUCAACAUAGAAAUCUUGUUAGGCUUCUUGGGUUUUGUGUUCAAGGAGAGGAAAAAAUACUAGUCUACGAGUUUUUGCCCAACAAGAGUCUUAACUACUUCCUCUUUGGUGACUCAACAAAGAGGAGCCAAUUGGAUUGGACAAGACGAUACAAGAUCAUCGGAGGGAUUACUCGAGGGAUUUUGUAUCUUCAUCAAGAUUCGCGGCUGACAAUCAUACACCGUGAUCUGAAAGCCAGUAAUAUUUUAUUAGAUGCGGAUAUGAACCCAAAAAUUGCGGAUUUUGGUAUGGCUAGGAAUUUCAGAAUGGACCAAACGGAAGAUAACACAGGAAGAGUGGUUGGAACAUUCGGUUAUAUGCCACCCGAGUAUGUGACCAGUGGGCACUUCUCCACAAAAUCUGAUGUGUAUAGCUUCGGAGUAUUGGUUUUGGAGAUUAUUGGUGGACAAAAGAAUAGUAGCUUCAACGAGAAAGACGGCUCAAUAAGCAACUUGGUCACAUAUGUGUGGAGGCUUUGGAACAAUGAUUCAUUGUUGGAACUCGUAGAUCCAGUCAUCGGAGAUAACUAUGAUAAGUAUGAAGUCAUCAGAUGCGUCCAUAUUGGGUUAUUAUGCGUUCAAGAAAAUCCAACAGAUCGUCCAACCAUGUUGACAAUAUUUCAGAUGCUUACUAAUACUUCAGUUACUCUGCCUGUGCCUCAACCUCCUGGAUUUUUCUUCAGGGUCAGAUCAGAGAAAGUCCCAUUAGCUGAGAGCUUGCAGCCUCAUCCGUCCACUAGCAUGUCUAUUGUUUGUUCUGUCAAUGAUGUGUCGAUCACGUGUGUUAGUCCACGUUGAAGGCCAGGCUAUUUUUGAAAAGAUUUAAACAAACGAAGAGCUAUGUUAUUGUUAAUCAUAACUGUCAUCCUAAUCCCAGAAGAGUACUGUCUCAGUAACUUACAAAUCAAAGCAUGCACAUUAACUGCCAUCCAUGUUAUUUUCUUUGUAUAGAUGAUAAGGGUUUUUAAGCCUUAGAGCAAAUCAAUGUAGUAGUUAAGAUUGUCGAACCACAGAGAACUAGUGAUCUAAACACUAAGACUACACAAACUUUCCUAAUCUA